UUUGGCAUAAAACGAUUACUAUUAUUCAGGGCUCUCUGAGGAAGACGAAUAGCAUCAUUUUCACAGCAGAAGAAGUAAUAUGAGUUAUCAGCGAGUUCCUCAAGAUCCUUAUUCUCCUCCUGGCUACGCUCCGCGUUAUCCUCCACCUGGCUACGCUUCUGCUCCUCCGCUACAACCUCCGUCUCAUCAGCCUUACGAAGGCCAUCCGCCUCCGCCUCCUGGUUAUCCUCCGUAUCCUCAACCGCAACGCCCGCCGUACGAGGGUUAUCAAGGGUAUUUUUCUGAAGGGUAUCCGCCGCCGCCACCUGGUCAUCCUCAAUAUCAACACUGCCACCACUACGAUCAUCACCAUCACCAGAAUCAUUAUGAUGAUGGCUGUUUAUCUUUCUUAAAAGGCUGUUUGGCUGCUCUAUGUUGCUGCUGCGUGUUGGAGGAAUGCUGCUGCUUCUGCUUGUAAAUCGUUCAUGGAGGAAAAUGCUGCUUUGCACUUCCUGGGGUCUUUUACCAUUUUACAAACAAUCAUAUGCUUGUAUUAUAGUUUAUCUACUAAAAUCUUUAUAAACCCAAGUUUGCAUUAUGGGUACAGGCUUUGUCGUAUAUCAUGUUAUUUGUAUCAUAUGCGUUGGUUUUCAGCA